CGCUGAUAGAUGUUAGAGACUAAUAACGAUCUACAAUCAAGUCAUUAUAAUGAUUGAAUUAAUGAUAUUAACUUAGACAAUGAAAAAAGGAAUUGAAUAAAUCGUAUGACCAUAGAAUAGAAUAGAUAUUGUAAAGUUACUGCAAAAGUAACAUCUUAUCAAUAUUAUCUGGAGAAAAUGUUACAGGUUUUUUUAUUAAAACGCUAUACUAUCGAACUUGAUAAGAACGUUAAGAAGGUACUAAUACCAAGGUUUUCAGAAUUGAUUAUAUAUCUGGACAAGUUCAUAGGCUAUAUUAAAUUCUUUAUCAUCUUUUAUCACGAUAAUAUUAAGCUGUCUCGAUGUUCAUUAAAGGAUUGUAGGAAUCAGAGUCAAUCGCGAUCGAUAUUACUCCGAGAAUCUUCUCGAGUUGAAAUUUUUAAAUAAAAAAAGUUUGUUGUCUAGAUAAUGACGCAUUGAGAAUAAAUUAAUCAUUUCAAGUGUGAUGAAUAUUUCAAAGUGAAAUAAUUUUGUAAAAUUUUGUAAAUAUUUAAUCAAUGUAUUUAUAUUUUUUAAACAAAAAGUAUACUUGUUUCGUUUGAUCGAACGUUUUACAUAGAUCGCUGAUUACGAAUAUGGGCGAAGCUUCUUCGAUAUUCACCGGACAUAGAAUCAUCAAAAUAAGUCCUGACAAUGUCCCAUCGAAAAGCCAAUUUCCAAGGAAUCGUAUCGUGUCACACAAAUACACCUUGUGGAAUUUCAUCCCUAAAAAUCUAUUCGAGCAGUUUCGGCGAAUAGCAAAUUUCUAUUUUCUUCUUAAUACAGUAGUAGCAUUAUCGAUAGAAUCUCCAAUUUUGCCAUUGACCAGCUUAUUUCCCUUAACGUUCGUUAUAUUGGUGACUGCUUGCAAACAGGGAUACGAAGAUUAUUUACGAUAUAGGGUAGAUAAUAGCAUUAAUAAAAAAUUGGUAACCGUUAUUCGCAACAAAUGUCUGCAGGCCAUUCAUUGUGAACAAAUAGUCGUAGGAGAUAUAGUAAAGGUAGGACGAGACGAAGAUGUUCCUUGUGAUCUUCUUUUUUUACACAGCGACGAAAGUUCUGGUUACUGUUUCGUUACAACGUCAAACCUUGAUGGAGAAACAAAUUUAAAGUCGGUACACGUACCGAAAAUCGUAUCCACGAUGUCUCUACAAGAGAUCGCAUCGAUGCAAGCAACUGUAACGUGUCAGACUCCAAUGGCAGAUCUUUAUACCUUUCAUGGAAAAAUAGAAAUAAAAAAUAAUUCGAACGAAGUGACGACAAGUGGAUUUUUAACAAUAGAUAAUAUGUUGCUUCGUGGUGCAAUAUUAAGAGACACAGACUACGUGAUCGGUUGUGUCAUUUACACCGGUCAAGAUACAAAAUUAUCAUUAAAUUCGAAAACUAUUUCGAAUAAAUUUUCAACCGUAGAAAGAUCCAUCAAUAAAUAUCUUACUGUGUUUAUCAUACUCCUGCUGUUAGAAAUAAGUAUUUCAACGAUUCUGAAAUUCAUAAUAGAAUCAAAUUCAACGUGGGAUGACUAUUUGGGGGAAAAACGUUCCACAACCCCGUUGUCUCUUCUUAUAGAUUUACUCAGUUUUACUAUUCUAUAUAAUUACAUCGUUCCUAUUUCGUUAUACGUUACGAUCGAAGUACAAAAAUUUCUGGGAUCUGCUUUUUUCAAAUGGGACAUCGAUCUGUACGACAAAGCAUCCGAUCAAGCAGCAUUGAGCAACACGUCGGAUUUAAACGAGGAACUUGGUCAGGUCGAGUACUUAUUCACUGACAAAACUGGUACGCUAACUGAAAAUCUGAUGGUAUUUAGGCGAUGUUCGAUCAACGGACAAGUAUAUAUAGAAAAAGAUUGCGAUGGAAAUCUUUACUUGUUACCACCUAACGGAGACGAACGGGAGGCUGUAAAAUUACAAUCGUGGCAGUCUGAAAUCUGGCACUUCAUGAUGAGUAUUUCUCUUUGCCACGUUGUUCAAAUUGCACCAUCAAGUCGAAAGUUAACGAUUAGUACAAAACGCUUAGAGUAUCGUGAGAGUUUCAAAUCGAAGAAAAUUACCAAGGUUAAUAGUUCGUUACUUAUGCAUCCAGAUCUUCCAGAAUAUCAAGCAACAUCGACGGACGAGAAAGCUUUGGUAGAAGCAAGUGCGAGAUGCGGUGUUAUAUUUCACAAAGACACGAGAGAGACAAUGGAAAUUAAAAUAAACGAUAAUAUUCUUAUUUUUACGAAAAUGGACAUAUUAGAAUUCAGUUCCGAACGGAAAAGAAUGUCGGUAAUACUAAAGGAUACCGCGGAUGACUUGUGGUUGUAUUGUAAAGGUGCGGACACAUCGAUUUUACCUUUGAUUAUAGAAGGAGACAUCGAAACAGCAGCCGCUCACGUUGAAGAUUUCUCCAUGAGAGGAUUGCGUACGUUGGUAGUGGCUUAUAAGAAAUUAAGUCAAAGAGAUUAUACGGAGUUAAUACGUAACAUUGAACUUGCGAGGCAAGUGAUAGGACAAGAUCGAGGAACACGCAUACUACGUGCCUACGAAGAGAUGGAGAGUGGUCUCACUUUACUCGGAGUAACUGCGGUCGAAGAUCGUCUUCAAGAAGACGUUGAAGAAACGCUCGAGUGUCUAAAAGUGGCUGGAAUAAAGGUUUGGAUACUUACCGGAGACAAAGCAGAAACAGCAGAAAAUGUAGCUUUUUUGUGUGGUCAUUUUAAAAAGGGUACUGAGAUACUACGUUUAAUGACUGAAACAACGAAACAAACUUGCUUCGUUACUCUUACUAAUUUCGAGCGUAAAAUGAAAUUGGAACCUCAUAAACAAUAUGGAUUUAUAAUCAAUGGAAGUUGCUUGAGUUUGGUCAUACAAACGUAUCCACAAUUGUUUAAAAAAAUUGCGAUGGCAUGCGAGUCAGUCGUAUGUUGCAGAUUAACCCCUCUCCAAAAAAGCGAGAUCGUACAAUUGAUAAAAAAUACAAAGAGAACAAUAACCGCGGCGGUAGGCGAUGGUGGAAAUGACGUUUCCAUGAUUCAAGAAGCUCAUGUCGGUUUAGGAAUAAUGGGUAGAGAAGGACGUCAAGCAAUGAUGUCAUCGGAUUUUGCAAUUGCACGAUUUAAACAUCUGAAGAAAGUAUUUCUUGUACAUGGACAUUGGUACUAUCGACGAAUCAGCAUUUUAACGCAAUACUUUUUCUAUAAAAAUUUUGUCUUCAUUACUCCACAAGUAUUAUUUGGUAUACACAAUGGUUUUUCUACUCAGGGAUUAUAUGACAGUAUAUUUUUGAUGUUAUUCAAUGCAAUAUUUACAUCAUUUCCAAUAGUUCUAUUUGGAUUAUUAGAACAGAAUUAUUCUUCCAGUAAACUUUUGCAUAAUCCAUAUUUAUAUAAGCUUCAUAAAAAAAAUUUUUUAUUAUCCUGGAAACAAUUUAUAUUGUGGUUUGCUAUGGGUACAUGGCAGACUUGUGUAAUAUAUUUUGUAUUAUAUUUUUAUGUACAUAAUAAUCCUAUAAUUUUAUACGAUAAUACGCCAGUAGAAUUGUGGACUUAUAGUACAUGGAUAUUGCAUAUGGUUAUAUUUAUCAUUAAUUGCCAGAUAUUACUAUGCAGUUCGUAUUGGACACUACCGUUUAUACUUAGCAUCAUAUUAUCGGAAAUGUGCUUUUUUAUAUCUGCUUUUUUAUACUCUAUUACAAAUAUACAGUACGACGGUGAUAUGCUCUCUGUAUUUCCCAAGUUGCUAUUGUCAGGCACAUUCUGGUUACUUACAUUGGUAAUACUUGUUCUUUCAUUAAUUCCUGGAUAUUUCAUCAGAAUUUAUGAAUUAUAUAGAGCAAACAGAAUUCUUCGUAAAAAUGAAGAAACUCCAGAUACCGUGCAUUUCGUUAAUAGUGACAACGAAACAGCUACGUCUUAUCAACUUCAGUAUUUUCUAGGUCUUUUUUGGAACAGUAAUAAUUAUUGGCUUAACGAUUAUUUUCACUUAACGAUUACGCGCACUGUUAUUUUUGGCUAUUUUUAUGCAAAAAUCCAAAAAAUCGUUGAAGUGUACUGUGAGGAUGAAAACUCGUUAUGUGAUGAAUUGAAAUUAAUACAAUUAUUCAUAAUACAAAAUAUACGGCUACUUUGGGAUCGACAGGGAUUAUCUAAUUUUUUUUGAGCCACGCCCCCUAUCUAUGUUGCAUGUAACACUAACUUUGGAAAAUAAAACCAAUAAAAAGAAGCUUUUCGUUGGGAAUUCUUGAAGAUUUUAGAAUUGUUAUGCAGAGAUGGAUAAAAAGGAAAUUCUGGUCACAGACGAUGCAAUUGACAAGACAGAAUCCCUGCAGGAAUUUUCCUUACUAUACGACUGCAGUCAAUAAUUUCGAUGCAGUCAAUAUAUGAACUUUG